AGCUGGCAUAUCUGCAGAGGAUAAGUACAAUUUGAGCGUGCCCGUGUUGAAGACGAACCGACGAAAAUGAGAGAACGCAUGUUCAUCCUGAUCUUCAUCUCUUUAGCAGUACUGUAUUUCCAUCCAUGUUCUACACUCUCAUGGAAGUUACGGCACUGGAAGGGACUGCUCAUGUUCUCCAAGAACAAAUGUGAAGACAGGUGCAAAUUUAAACACGGGUAUUUCAGGGACGACCUUCGCCAGUACCAGCUCGCUUCUAGGGCCUCGCGAAAGAUCAUCCCCGGAAAGUGUCAGUGCAUGGUGUCAAAGGAGCUUACAGAUUACAUUACCAAACACCACAGCAAAAAGGUGGCCAAGAGAUACGCGCUUCUCAACUUCUUCGGGAGAACGAAGAAAGGCCGGGACGAGCUGCAGAAUCUAGGGAUGGUGUUCAUCACUUACGAACAACUAAAUGACAUCGUGAAGAAGAGGGCUGCCGAGGAGAAACUGCAAGCGGCUCAGAGAGCCGCCGCCGAACAAGAGAAGCUGCUUGCGGCUAAAAAAGCCGCUUUAACCAAAACAGCCAGCGCGGCCAGCGGGACUUCCUCCCAGAAGGACAGUGCAUCCGGCUUCGGGGAUGUUCUAACUAAUCUGCAGUACGCGGAAGGGGUGGUCUUCAAAUCGGACGAGGAAAGAGAUCGGGAGCUAAAGGAGCAAAUUCGCAAAUUCAACGAAAUGGAGGAAGCCAAGAAGAGACAACUCUAGCCCCGUGCGGCAAUGUAGGUGUACUGCCAAGGUAGAUUUACACAGGUAUGGACAGAACUAAACAACUGGCCUCUGAUUGGCUCUCCAGAGGCCCCUUAACUUCCGCCAUUUUGUAUGUUUUGAUUAUUUUGAU